CUCCAGCCUCAGGCCCCGUGCCAGAGCAGCCCCUCCAGCCACGGAUUGCACUUUCCAGGGAGGACGUCUCUGUCUCCGUGGCGCUGGACCCCUGCAGGCCUGAGCUCCCACUUUCUGCCUUGGCUGGCACCUGCCCAGGCCCGGGCUGCGAGUCCCAGGGGCCCGAGCCCCCUGCCUGCUGGUGGCAGGACCACAGCGACCUGUGGGGAGUGGACUUGAGCAGCUCCUGGCCCAUCCUGGGCUCUGGCCGCCUCUGUGCCCCAGCCUGGGCCAGCCGCUCCUCCUCCCAGCUCCCUGUGUGCGAGUGCGGGUCUGUGUGGGCCGGUGUCCGUGGUCAGCUCGGUCUGGAAUGGGUAGUCUUCAUUCACGCCGUGACGGUUCGUGUCACCCCAAGUCUCCAGCGGAAGGCCUCACCCCAAGGGCCUGACACCACGGUCCGAGUGCAGAGGGGGCCCCAGCAAAAGGAAGGUGGCACAUUGAGCAGACUCCUACAGCAGAGGACGGCCAUCGCCCGUGUGCACGGUGAGACCACUCAUUCUGUGGCUCGAGAUGCCCCCAAGCCCGUGUCAGCCAGCACGGCGCCCACGCAGGCCCCAGGCCCCACGGGAGGGGGAAGCCACAGCCUUCGGGAACACCUCACCCAGGUGCGCAGCCGUGACCCUGUGCCCGAGGGCGUGCGCCUGCCAGGGAAGGAGGGAGAGCCCGGGGUGAAGGAAGACGGGCCCAGCGCCAACAGUACAUGUGACCCUCCCUUUGUGAGCCCCGUGCCCUCACAGGAUGGUAGCAGCAAUGGGGGUGACCCCGGCCAGGCCAGAACGGUCAGGGCGCCCAGAGCAAAGGGACCAGCUUCUCUGGAGAGGCCUUUUGGCUCGGGCCGUGGCCCGGGUGUGGGCAUCGGUGGGUCUGGAACCCUCGGCAUCCCUGGCUGGCCCCUGGCGCAGAGGGGUUCGUGCAAGCAGAAGGGCCUCAGUGGAUCUUUGUGGCGGGAAGACUGCCCCCCGCUGUCCCCACCCCCUGCAAGAAGCGUGCGCUCUCAGCCCAGCCUCUGUGCACCCGGACCUCACAUCCCACUGCGGGGCAGGCUUGGGGGCCUGCAGACAGCGGGAGAAGCAGUGUUGGGGGCCGGGCAGGAGACGGCCCCCCAGCUGCCCGCACAGACCCCGGAAGAGAAGAGGGUCCUGGAGAGGAAGCUGAAGAAGGAGCGGAGGAAAGAGGAGAGGAAGUGGCUGCGGGAGUCGGGAGCAGCCCAGAGCCUGCCGGCCAAGCGCUCCAGGGCCCAGCUGGCCCUAGACUACCUCUGUGGCUGGGCCGAGAAGCACGAGAACUGGAGAUUUCAGAAGACGAGGCAGACCUGGCUGCUGAUGCAUAUGUACGACAGUGACCAGGUUCCCGACGCACUCUUCUCCACCCUGCUGGCCUACCUGGAGGGGCUCAGGGGCCGCGCCCGGGAGCUGACGGUGCAGAAGGCAGAAGCCCUGAUGCAGGAGGUGGACAAGGCCAGUGGCGCGGAGCCCCUCCCACUGGGGAAGACCCAGCGCAUCCGGCGGGUGCUGCAGCUUCUCUCCUAG